AUGGGCCAAGAAAACCACUUAACUCAAAAGAGAACAACCAGCGUCGGGGGAGUAUUACCAACCACAACCUCCUCACGUAACCGAUCACUCCCACGUGGCCGCCAGAUCCAGAAAACAUUCAACAACAUCAAGAUCACAAUCCUCUGCGGCUUCGUUACCAUUCUCGUCCUACGUGGCACUAUCGGUGUUAAUCUCGGCACGUCGCAGAACGACGCGCUCAAUCAGAAUGUUAUCGAAGAAACCAAUCGGAUCCUCGCCGAGAUCCGAUCUGAUUCCGAUCCGGCCGAUCGGAAUCAGACCGAGACUUUCAUGACUUUGAACGACACUUAUGCGCUUGGUCCUAAGAUCCGGAAUUGGGAUACCGAAAGGAAAACUUGGCUUCGGAAGAAUCCUGACUACCCUAAUUUUCUUAGAGGGAAACCCAGGAUCUUGCUUCUUACGGGUUCGCCGCCCAAACCCUGUGAUAAUCCUAUUGGGGAUCAUUAUCUUUUGAAAUCUAUUAAGAAUAAGAUCGAUUAUUGCAGAUUGCAUGGCAUUGAAAUUGUGUACAACAUGGCUCACUUGGACAUGGAGCUUGCAGGUUACUGGGCCAAAUUGCCCAUGAUUCGGAGGCUCAUGUUAUCACACCCUGAGGUGGAGUGGAUUUGGUGGAUGGACAGUGAUGCUUUCUUCACGGACAUGGUGUUUGAGCUUCCCAUGAGUAAAUAUAAUGGUUAUAAUCUGAUUCUUCAUGGGUAUCCUGAUUUGUUGUUCGAGCAGAAUUCUUGGAUUGCGGUAAACACGGGUAGCUUUUUGUUUCGCAAUUGCCAAUGGUCCUUGGAUUUGCUCGAUGCUUGGGCCCCCAUGGGCCCGAAAGGACCAAUUCGGGAGGAGGCUGGAAAGAUUUUGACAGCAAAUCUCAAAGGAAGGCCUGCAUUCGAGGCUGACGAUCAAUCGGCGUUGAUAUAUUUAUUAUUGUCAAAGAAAGAUAAAUGGAUGGAAAAGGUAUUUCUUGAGAAUUCUUUUUAUUUGCAUGGUUAUUGGGCUGGAUUGGUGGAUCGGUAUGAAGAGAUGAUGGAGAAGUAUCAUCCGGGGUUAGGGGAUGAGAGGUGGCCUUUUGUAACACAUUUUGUGGGGUGUAAGCCUUGUGGGAGUUAUGGAGAUUAUCCAGUGGAGAGAUGCCUUAGUAGCAUGGAGAGAGCUUACAAUUUUGCUGAUAAUCAAGUGCUUAAGCUCUAUGGGUUUAGGCACCGUGGAUUAUUAAGCCCUAAAAUCAAGCGGAUCAGGAAUGAGACAAUUACUCCUUUGGAGUUUGUAGACCAGUUUGAUAUACGAAGGCAACCUGCAGGCAAGAUGGAAUCAAGAAAUUAG